AUGGUAGAAGAAUUAGAACAAAAAGGUUUUCAUAUAUCAGAUGGUAUUGGAAUAAGAGAAGGGACGAUUUUGGGUUCAAUUGUGGCAGCAUCAGGUCGUUCUCCAACGAUACUAGGAAAACCUCGAGCUUCAAUGUUUGAUUCGAUUCGUUUAGCUUUUCUUGAUGUUAAACCUAAUCGAACUAUUACGAUUGGUGAUAGCUCGAUGUCGAAUGCAGAUACAUCUACACAACAGCAAUCAGCUAACGAUAAUAAAUCUGUUUUUACGGAAGCAGGUCGAUCAAAAAUAGCUUUGGAAGUUGGUCAAUGUGGCAUAGGUGCGUCAAACAACUCAACAAAUGUUGAAAAUUCAUGUACAAAUUGUAAUACCGCAAAAUGUGACUACAACGAUCAUAAAAAAACUGGAUCGUCAACAUAA